ACCAAGGGAGAGUGUGGUGUCGGGGGAGGGGAAAUCUGGUUGCCCCAGCCGUUACUGGUUAGCGCCGUCAGGGCAUCCUCCACAUCCUUCCAUGGCUCUAAAGAAGUUCAGUAAUUUAUGGACCUUGUGUCUGUGUUUGGUGGCCAGUAGAUCUUCCAAAAUCCCAUCUAUCACAGAUCCACACUUUAUAAAUGACUGUGUCGAAGCCCACAACGAAUGGCGGGGAAAAGUCAACCCUCCGGCGGCCAACAUGAAAUACAUGAUUUGGGAUAAAGGUUUAGCAAAAGUGGCUCAAACAUGGGCGAACCAGUGCAAAUUUGAACAUAACAGCUGUUUGGAUACAUCAUAUGGAUGUUAUGCAGCUCUUGAAUUUAUUGGAGAAAAUAUGUGGUUAGGUGAAAUAACAUCAUUCACACCAAAAUUGGCCAUUACUGUGUGGUAUAAUGAAACCCAAUUUUAUGAUUUUAAUAGUCUGUCAUGUUCCAAAGUUUGUGGCCAUUAUACACAGGUAGUUUGGGCCAAUUCAGUUUAUCUUGGUUGUGCGGUUGCAGCAUGUCCUAACCUUGGGAGAGCUUCAUCUGUGAUAUUUGUAUGCAACUACGGACCUGCCGGAAAUUAUGCAAAUAUGCCUCCUUACAAGAAAGGACAAUCUUGCUCUCUCUGCUCAAAAGAAGAGAAAUGUGUAAAGAAUCUCUGUAGGACUCCACAACUUAUUAUUGUAUCUAAUCAAAAUCCAUUUCUGAAGCCUUUGGGGAAAGCACCUCAGCGGAUAGACUUUAAUCCAUUCAGCUUAGCUCCUCUUCUUCUGAUAAUCUUUUAAUGUCAUUUAUGUACAAAAAUAUUCUCAAAUAUUAAAAUAAAGCAAUAGUUAAUUGCUUAAUAUAACUUAUCAUCAGUUUUAUUUAUUGAAUCUUUCACACUCUUGCCUGAUACCUAAAUUUAAUGUUUAUUUUUAACUCAAAAAAAUGUAUUGCAGUAUGGAAAAUGAAUAAACAGUAGAAUAAAGUCUUAAGGUUAUUUUUUUAAAUUACAAA